AUGGCUACUGCCCAACAGAUCUCAAACUUGAGCGAGCUGGAACACAGCGGUCCAUUAGCACCAUGGAAAACCGAAGAGCGAGCAAAGCAAAAAGAAGAGCCCAACUCUCGAAACAAAUCAAAAGAGCCAAGAACUAUCACUAGCAACACCAGACGUCCCAGUGCCGAUAAAUUCUCUUCAAAGAAUGCUUCUACUCAAACCAAAUUUUCCUACUCGUCGGCAGCCUCGGUUUUUCUAGAAGAAGCGGAUCAAAUAUCUUCAGCAGGUGGUACGACUGGUUUGCUCUCAAUGUCUCAAAAUGGUAUUGAACAUUCAAAUGGUCGCCUGGUUUCAAGCAGUCUUUCAAAACAACACAGGGGUAUUCAUACUUCACCGAACCUUGCACAUGUCACCUCGAUGCUUGCCACAGAAGUCCCAUCAUCUACCAUUGGUUCUUGUGUAAUGCAUGCUACUUCACCUUCAAAGAUUGCUCCAGCAAAGCCUACAGCUUUCUUUCCAUCAUUGUGCCAACAACCUCCUGCUGCUGUGUUUAGUGUAGCUGCUUCUCCAAGAGUUUUACCUAUCAUCGAUUCAAGUCUUUCUGUGGCAGCAUCAUCAACUAACAUUGGCUGUGUCGCACUCAAUGGUCAUUUAAGAUCGGAAUUUCCAGCACAAGUUCAACUGUUCGAUUCAAUACCUGCCACAGCACUUCAAAUUCCUGUUGGUCGGCCUGCUUUCACUUCAAAUGCGUCUAUGCAAGUGCUGCCUCGCCCUUCACCAGAUGGAACUAUCAAUGAACUCAUUGAAGCUGACAAUCUUCUGAUGUUCAAUAUUCCUUGA